CGCACUGAAAUACCCACCGCACGUCUCGCGAGCUCGUGGGUUCCUGAACGGUGGCGCGUGAUCGGUUACGUUACGACAGCAGUGUAAACAGUCAUGGCAGCUAUGCGCAGGCUUGUCUCGUUGCUCGGCUCCAGAGCACGAGCGUUUGCGUCGCGCGGAACGCCGGCAGCUUCGACCAAGGCACUGAAGGUCAUCGCAGCGGGAGCUUGCGUCAGCGCUGCAGCCGUGGCCGCCUAUUAUCACCGCUGCGGCGGGGAAGGCCGCAUCGGCGCGCGGCUCCCGCAUCUGCUGGGGCUGCCGUCCGUGUCCGCCUCCGACAAGGAACUGACAACAGACCGGAUCCAGAUGACUGGAGAGGCGAGGCCCUCUGGUCUGGAAGACAGAUUUCGGCUGUUCAGCUCCGUGGAGUUCGAGGGGCAGCUCUACAUGACUCCACUGAACUUUAUUGAGUCGGUGACUCUGAACGAACCCAGAAGCAAGAAAGGACGGAAGAGUCUCACAAAAAAGGAGUUAGACAAGAUUCUGUCGGAUACCCCGGCUGUUUGGAAUGGAUCAUCCAAUUUGUUCAGGAACCUUCAGGAACGAGGUGUCAUCAGUUACACAGAGUAUCUCUUCCUGCUCUGCAUUCUAACAAAGCCUCACGCCGGCUUCCGGAUCGCUUUCAACAUGUUUGACGCUGAUGGGAAUGAAAUGGUGGAUAAAUGGGAGUUCUUGGUGUUGGAAGAGAUUUUCCGCAAAAAAAAGGACAGAAAAGAGGUCAACGAGGACUCUCAAAAACUGGACCAACAAAGCCUGGAGCUUUACGGUCAUCGCCAAUCUCAGCCGCACAGUGUGCUUAGAAAAGACGGUCAGCAUGUGGCGGCCCCUGGCAUGUGGGAUGUUCUAAGGCGGGGUGCGAGUCAAGUUCUGUUUUCUGAUCUCUCUGAGCUCGGGGAUGCCAAAACAGAGACAACGCUGCUGGUUCAUUUUUUUGGCAAAAAGGGAAAAGCUGAGUUGAAGUUUGAAGAUUUUUACAAGUUCAUGGACAACCUGCAGACGGAGGUGCUUGAGAUAGAGUUCCUCUCCUUCUCAAAAGGCAUGCCCACCAUCAGCGAAGAAGACUUUGCUCGCAUUCUUCUUCGCUUCACCAAUGUAGACGACGUCACGGGGUAUCUGGAAAACGUGCGUCACAGCAUUCCAGAUGAGAAGGGAAUCACUUUUGAGGAGUUCAGAUCCUUUUUUCAGUUCCUGAACAACCUAGAGGACUUCACCAUCGCCAUGAAAAUGUACAACUUCGCCAACCGCUCCGUUGGCCAAGAUGAGUUCGCUCGAGCUGUCUACGUUGCCACGGGGAUCAAGUUGACUCGUCACCUGGUCAACACCGUCUUCAAGAUCUUUGACGAAGACCACGACGACAAACUGAGCUACAAGGAGUUUGUUGGUGUCAUGAAGGACAGGCUGCACCGAGGCCACGGGGGUCUCAGAGUGGAGGAAAAGUUUACUUCGUUUAAGUCCUGCAUGAAGAAAGAGCUUUCAAGCAAAUAGACGAAGGCUUCGGCUCCCCGCCUCGCAGGCUGGACGGGUGAACGCAUGCUGCAGCCUCUGACGGAGCUCGUGCCUCUAUUUGAAUCGGAAAAGCCCGCUUACGGAAAGCUGUUACAUCCAAAAAGUGACCCACUUGCUUGGUGAUACUUUACUUCAGUUGCACUGAUCAUAUUCCUAAAAAGAUCUUUAACGUUACAUUAUUUGUGACUUUAUUUAUUUCCCUUUAAAGUGAGAGACACUUUCUUAUUUAAAUAUUUAUUCAUUUAUUUAUUCUGAACUUUCUUUUGAACAUGAAAGUUAAAAAAGAAUCAGAGUUUUCUGCUUCCUUUCCACGUUCAUCUGGCUUUUUCACCCUUUAACUACGGGCAGCUAACAAUGUUAAUCAUUUCUUGGCUGCUGCAGCAAAGUGCUAUUAUGCCACUGGCAGGGAUGACCUCUUUACAAAUGAACACUCACAAUAAUGAAGCCAUAUGUUUGUUUCUGUCCUGAAACAUUGAGAUUAAACUGCUUUUAAGCACUCCACCUAAUAGACGGAUGAGGACAAAAUGAUGAUUUCCAUAAAAAGAGUCUUAAGUGACGUGAAUAAAAAUGACAUUUUGCUCCGGUUUGACUUGUAAAGAGCAUUUAAGGACAGUUUGUGUUUGAAGUGUGACAUUUAGAGUAAAGUCUACCUCCUUCCUGAAUCCGCUUGUUACAUCGAGUCGCCUUUGCAACACAAUAAAGACAAAACUUUUGUCGUA